AUGCCACCGAAGCGGCGUAGUACCGGGACGACUCCAAGCAAAGAGACGAAAAACAGAGCCGAGAGUUCCUCUUCGGACAUUAAAACUAGCCCAGAGUUAACGGCGAAAAAGCACAGAGACAAGGAUGCUGACUUUGUUGCUCUGUGCAAGAGCCUUCAUGUGUCAGAUGUGGUUUGUGAGCGCACCUGGAAGAUGUACAAAAGUCUUCAGCAGUCCCUGGAUGAAUUGGCUGUAGAACCCAAAAAAUUAUGGGGUGCCGCUCUGUUUGCGGUUGUGACGGACGUGGACGCUGCCUCAUUCACCCUCACUCAAGUCCAAAAAGCAGUUGGUAUGAACGUAAAUCAGUUUGUAGCUCUGGUUCGGAAACUGGACAUCAAUUUGGAUACGAUAAGCACCAAGGUGAAUUCAGCACUGGCUCGCUUGGAGAACAAAUAUGAAGUCACCCUGGCUCUUUACCAGAGGUUUGACAAGACAUGUAAACGAAUCUUCGCAGUGGCUCCUGAGGCAAAGGAGAACGAGAUCAUACGGACCUGCUGGACGAUGUUUCUCUUAGCCAAAGGAAAAGCCUUACAGAUGGAAGACGACCUCGUCAUAUCAUUUCAGUUGCUGCUGUGCACGCUGGAGUUCUUCACCAAGCGAUGCUCUCCUGAUCUACUGCAGCCUCUUUACCAAUCGGCCAUCAGCAAAUUUCAAAGCCCUGUGACGCGAACUUCUCGCCGCAACCAGAAUAGCGCCAAAGCGCGAGCUGCGGAGCCGGAGGUGGACCUCCUCCUACUCGAAACCUUGUGCAAGGAGAACGAAUGCAAUGUAGAUGAGGUAAAAAAUGUGUAUCAGACCAGUUUUUCUGCUUUCCUGGUGUCUUUGGACCUUCAUAAAUUGUCCGGUCUUCCUCAGGCCAAUAGUAUGAAUCAACAGUAUGAAGAGCAUUACCUCAAGUGUAGAGACAUUGAUGCUCGGCUGUUUUUGGACAGCGACGAGACACUUCUUGCGCCUCAAGUGGAACCGGUACAAGUGGAGAGAACACCGAAGAAAAAUAUGUUGGAAGAGGAUGCCAUGCCGGUUCCACAGACUCCAAUCAGAGCUGCUAUGACCUCCAUUCAGCAGUUGAGGGGAGAUCUCACCUCUCGUGGUGACCAGCCAUCUCCCAACUUGGCGAGAUAUUUCAAGAACUGUACUGUGGACCCAGCUCAGGACAUUCUGAGGCUCUUGGAGACACUGGGACCAAAAUUCAGCCAGAGGUUUGCUGAGGCAGUUGGACCACGGUGCAUUUCCCUUGGAAGACAGAGAUUUAAUCUUGGUGUCAAACUCUACUACAAAGUCAUGGAGGCAAUGCUUAAAUCGGAAGAGAAACGACUAUCUGAGCAAAAUUUCAGUAAACUUCUUAACAACUCUAAAUUCCACACAUCACUCUUGGCUUGUGCUCUGGAAGUUGUCAUGGCAACAUACGGAGAGAGCAGUUUUAAGACUGGGGGCUACAAUCACGGACGCAAUGCUGAUGACCCGGGUGCAGCGAACCUGUGCUUUCCGUGGAUAUUGGACGUGUUGGACCUCAGCGCCUUUGAUUUCUACAAAGUCAUUGAGAGUUUUAUCAAAGCGGACGCCACUCUAAUCAAAGACAUCGUCAAGCAUCUGGAGGCCUGCGAGAACCUCAUCAUGGAACGGAUAGCGUGGAAGACGGGUUCCCCUCUCUUCGAGCUCCUGAAGCAUGAGCACGAGCUUGGUUCUGUUGAGCAAGCAGAGGCCCCUGCGAGUUUCAACCAGCCGUUACAGCAUAACCACACCGCCGCCGACCUAUACCUGUCCCCUGUGCGCCCGUGCCUUCGCACCUUACCGCCGGACUCCCCCGCCAAGCCUGGCUCGCAAGGCGCAGCCCCGCCUUCGAGCCAGUCCGCCCCGCAGACUGCAAACCAGAACCCUCGACAGAUCAAGUCUAACUCACUUAGCCUCUUCUACAAGAAAUUGUACCGCCUAGCCUACACCAGGCUGAAAAUGCUAUGCUCUUACCUGCUUUCCACCCAUCCGGAACUGGAGCUUAUCAUCUGGACGCUGUUCCAGCACACUCUGCAGCAUAACUACGAGCUAAUGAGAGAUCGCCACCUAGACCAGUUGAUGAUGUCAGCCAUGUACGCCAUAUGCAAAGUUAAAAGCGUCGAUCUACGAUUCAAGACCAUUGUGUCCUCGUACAAGGACAUGCCCAACACCUGCCAGGAGACUUUCAAGCACGUGCUAAUCAGCGAAGGCCACUACGACUCCAUCAUCGUCUUUUAUAACCAGGUUUUCAUGCAAAAGCUGAAAACCAACAUCCUUCAAUAUGCCUCAACAAGGCCGCCCACCCUCUCUCCGAUCCCUCAAAUCCCUCGCAGCCCUUAUAAAUUCCCCAGCUCACCUCUGCGUGUGCCCGGAAGCAACAACGUGUACAUCUCGCCUAUGAAAAGCUCACGUUCGUCUUGCAUCAUGACUCCCCGUAGCAGGAUGCUGGUUUCCAUUGGUGAAUCUUUUGGGACGCCCAAUCGCUUCCAACAAAUCAACCAGAUGGUUAACAGCGGCGACCGCUCCUUAAAGAGAAGCUCGGAUCAUAUAGGCAUUCCCAAACAUUUGAAGAGGUUACGAUUCGACGUCGACGGGCAAGACGAAUCCGACGGAAGCAAAUCUGAUGGAGAUUCAAGACUCAUACAGAGGCUCAACGAUUUGACUUCUGCUCGCAGUCGCAUGCAGGAGCAGAAGAUGAAGGAGGAUGUGGAAUCCCGAAAGGAGCAGCACUAA